AUGGUUCGUAAACUCAAGCUUCACGAGAAGAAAUUAUUGAAAAAGACGGAUUUUAUGCAAUGGGAAGUUGAUCAACAGGGCAAGCAGACGGAGCAGAUGAGAAAGUGCGCACCUUUUGCAAUGAAUCAGUUAGGAAGUGUUGUGAUUUUGUUUUCCAGAUAUCACAUCACGAAGAGGGAGCACUAUUCUCUGUACAACAAGCUGGCUGCCGAGGUUCGGUCUAUAGCAGAGAAGCUUAAAGAGCUCCCACCAAACGAACCGUUCCGAGUUCGAUGUGUUCGUGAGAUGCUGAGCAAGUUGUAUGCCGCUGGGGUGAUUCCAACAGCUGACACUGCAGAACGAUUGGGGAAGGUAUCUGCAGCCAGUUUCGCUAGACGCCGUUUGCCUGUGGUGAUGAGAAAGAUCGGGAUGGUCGAUAGUAUUCGUGUGGCCAGCGAUUUUGUGGAACAAGGACAUGUGCGAAUCGGUCCGAAAUUGGUCACCGAUCCAGCUUUCAUGGUGACUCGAAAUCAGGAAGAUGCUGUCACUUGGACAAAUGCCAGUAAAAUUAAGCAACAUGUGCUGGAUUACAACAAUUCUCGCGAUGAUUUCGACCUGGCAUAA